GGCGAGAGCGGCGAGGGAGGCGCCCCAAAGUUGGAGCGGCGGCCGAGCGAGUGAGCAGCCACUGCACCCCCCGGAGCGCGGCAGCCCCAGCCCGGUGCCGUCGGGGAGCCGCAGCCCCAGCCUGCAGCCGGGGUCGGGGGGCGGCGGGGCGGCGUCGGGGGAAGCGGGGGGGGCGCAGGUGAACGCCAUCACGGUGCUGACGCUGCUGGACAAGCUGGUGCACAUGCUGGAGUCGGUGCAGGAGAAGCAGCAGCGGAUGGAGGGGCGGCAGGCGGAGCUGGAGGCGGCCGUCAAGGGGGUGCAGGGCGACCUGGGCAAGCUGUGCAAGAGCCACGCCUCCACCAGCAACACGGUGGCCAAGCUGCUGGAGAAGUCGCGCAAGGUCAGCGCCCACACGCGCGAGGUCCGCGACCGCAUGGACCGCCAGUGCGCCCAGGUCAAGCGGCUGGAGCACAACCACGCGCAGCUCCUCCGACGCAACCACUUCAAGGUGCUCAUCUUCCAGGAAGAAAACGAAAUCCCUGCCAGCGUGUUUGUGAAGGAUCCCGUUCCCAGUAUUACCGAGGGAAAGGAAGAGCCUGUUGAUGAGAACAAAACUUUGGAAGAGACCAUGCAUACCGUGGAGCUGUCCUCUGAGGACGAGGUGCACCACGACGAAGACGGCGCGGAGGACAGCCUGGAUGAGAAAAUGGAGGAGUCGAGGGCGGAGAAAAUAAAGAGGUCAAGUCUCAAGAAGGUGGACAGCCUGAAGAAAGCAUUUUCCCGCCAAAACAUCGAGAAGAAGAUGAAUAAGAUCGGCACCAAGAUUGUCUCUGUCGAACGGAGGGAGAAAAUUAAGAAGUCCUUCACCCCUAACCAUCAGAAGUCCACCUCCUCGAAAAGUUCAUCUUUCAAGGUCUCUCCCCUGACGUUCAAUGUGAAGAAAAUUCGCGAGGGAGACACUCCCGCAGAAAUGGAAGAGAAGCCGGCAGAAGCGGCCAGCGGUGAGCAGGCAGCAAACGACGAGGAGACCUCUUUCACCGAAAUCCACCCCGAUCUGGUCUCUCCCACUUCUCCAGCCGAAGAAGGGAAGGCCUUUGCUGAUUCCCUCGAAAAAGAAACCAGGAGUGAAGGAGAAGCAGCAGUGGUCAAUAACAACAUUGAGCUCGCCAUCGUCGAGGAAGAUGAAAAUUAUGGGGCAUCCGGGCAGAGAAGAAUGGAGUAUUACGAAGAAAGAAACGUGCCGGCUGCCAGAGAAACGGAACAAUCGGAUGAAGAAUCGAACCAAGCCGCUGUCCUCCAGUUAGACCAAACAGCGUAGACCAUUUGACCCUUCGUUGGCCUUUCUAAAUACAUAUGGUGUAUUGUUGGUUUUCUUAGUUACAUCAGUAACUAGGGUAUACGGUCUGUUACACAAGAAGCAUGGAGCAAUAGUAAUUCGAGGCAGAGGGUUUCGAAAACAAACAAAAAAUGUAGAUUUCUACACCAGGCUUAUUUCUAAAACUCCGACUGAAAUCCAAGAUGAAAAGGUCUGAUGCAAAUGUAAUGUUAAUGCAAUUCUGUUGCCCCUAUUUUACAGGAAACUUCCACUAUUCCAUUAUGAAUUGAAAGUUGCUACACUUAAGGGUAACUGGGGGCACAUUUAAAAGAACCCCUGGAGGCAUGGGAGGGCGUAUCUGCUUUUGAAAAAAUUGACCUUGGUUUUGUAUCAGUUUAAUCGUGCUUGGUGGGCAUGCUGGGAAUUAUCAGAGGUCGCUCAAUGCCCUCGAUAGAACUUCAGCUCCCAGAGUUCCCUAGGAAAAGGGGGUGGGCUAGCAAACCAGAGUAUGGUGUAGAUAGGCUUUUUAUGUCACGUUUGGGGAAGACGUCUCCAAGCAAUGCGCUCAUUCAAAGUCCUCAUUAUUUUUCCCAGGCUGCAUCCUUGUGUCGUUGAACGCUGAGCUCCAGAAGUCACUUUCAACUCGAUUUUCCUGUGCAGACAAGACAACCCAGGAAGUGACUGAUUGCUAGAAUACAACGGUAGCCCGUUAUGCAGUGCUGUCCAGAUGUGGCUUCAGCCAUGGUGCUUGGGAAGAGUUUAUUUCUGCGGAAAGAGUAAGCCCGUGUUGAAUGGGCCACUAAUUAUAUACUGCUCUGCUCGCCAGGGAUAGUUGCUGGCCCUGGACCCUAGAAAUAAUCGGAGGAGGAACGUGACGGAUGCUCACUCUGCCGCCUUUGCAGAUUGUGUCGAUCAGGGGUCCCCAAACAUUUUCAGCCUGCGGGCAGUUUUGGAAUCCUGACACAGUGUGAUGAAC